UGGCUGCAAGCAGCACCACGGAAGCUGGGUUUAGCGGGUGCGCACUCGAUUAUGUGGGCGGUUCAACGAGCUCGUGCAUUCCUCUCUUCUUCGACGGCGUCGUCAUUUUCUUCGUCGUUAUCGGAGGCUCGACCAUCAUGGAGGCCAGGGUUUUCGUUUUCAGACUUCAAAUAUGCUUCCUCUUCGUCCGUCGGUGAUGGCCCUAAUAAGGGCCUUUUGGAUCUGCAGGAGAUCGAGAAGGUUCUGGGCGAUGUCAGAGCCGACGACGUCAAGGUCAUGCCGGUUCCCAAGCACUGUGAUUGGGCGGAUUAUAUGGUGAUUGCCACUGGCAGGUCGACCUGGCACGUCAAGAACAUUGCUCAAGCUCUAAUUUACCAGUCUAAGCAGAAGCAGAGAGGAGCUGAACGAAUGGUGCUACCUAGUGUGGAAGGUCAAAAGGGAGGAAAGUGGAUCGUAAUUGACUCUGGUAGAGUUAUAGUUCAUGCUCUUGAUGAAAAGGCCAGAGCUUAUUACAAUUUGGAGUCUCUUUGGAACUCAGAGACAUUGGACAAAGAACCUGAUUUGGGAAACGCUUUGGUUAAGAUCCGCAGGAAAAACAAUUCUAAGAAACGAGCACAAAGGAGUGCUUAAUUAGUGUAUCUCUGCAGGAGUCGUGAAGGAGCUUGUAAUUGUUGUUUGUGAACAACGAAAGUGCAGGUGCAUCAGUUGUAAACAGUAGGAAGAGAUCAGGUUUUGACGCAUGGUCUCCUUGUUAUCCGUUUUUGUCCUCGUACUGAAUCCCAGCUUCGUUGGUUUAGAAUCCCAAAUAGCUUGUAUUAGAAUGCUGAGCAGUGCUAUUGUUAUAAUAAGAUCCAAAAAGUUAACCAAAAGUGAGGGCAAUAAGCUUCUCUCUCUCUCUCUCUCUCUAAUAUUUUGGGGUGAUAGAGGGCAAUAAGCUUUUGAUAUGCAUAUUUAUGCUCGUUCUUUCUCGUGUUUAAUUUGGAGAUAUUUUAUCUUCAAUCAAGGUUAAACAGAGCACCCUUGAUUACGUUAAA